CCUGAUCGCCUGCUCUGGUCACACUAAAGCGUACACGUGCGAAGCAAUUUAAAAAGAAAACAGUUUAAUUUCCCCGUUAAAAAUGAAGAAAAAGCAGGUGGAAAGUGCAUCCGAGGAGGAGGAACUGCUGUCAGGAGAUUCCGAGGCUUCCGACGAAGAGGAACUGCAGGCAGAGGACUCAGAUGAAGAGGAACUGCAGGCGGAGGACUCCGAAGAGGAGGAUUCCGAUGGAUCCGAACUGGAUCUGGAUGCUAGUGCCACCGAAUCCGAUGAAGAUGAUGACGAGGACGAAGAUGCCAAGCCCGAGCCGAAAAGCCGGGCGGAGAUCAUCGACCAGAAGAUCCACACCAAGUACGAGCAGCUAAAGGGCACCCGGCUGUACGUCCGCUUUCCCCAGAAACUGCCCCUGGAUGUGGAUGAAUUCAAUACCAUGGUGAAGGCACUGCACCCGCUGGUACUCAAGUCCACGAAGCCUCGCCAGAAGCACGCCCGUUUCUGCUUGGUGGACUUUAAGACCAAGGAGGAUCGCGAUAAGGCAUACGAAGACAUCAAGGCCUCCAUUGAUAAGGACAAGUACAAGGGUAUAUUUGUGUCGCUGCCCAAGACCGACUCCGAUGAUUUUGUCAACGAGCUGGUGAACCGCAAGCAGACAUCCGUGGAGAACAAACGCACCAAAGCCCUGAUGAAGCGCGCCACCAAGAAGGUGUUGUCCAAGGGCAACUUCACCUCAUCGGUGGUCAUUACCAAUCUGCCCAAGACCAGUUCGGUGGCCCAGGUGCGCCAGUUAUUCCCGGAGGCGGUGGACAUUCAAAUACGGCCGGGCAAGGGAAAAUUCCGUGACUCCAGUGCGGCCACUGUAACCCUGCCAACCACCCACGAUGCACGCAAGGUCAUCAAACAAAAGCUUAGUCUGGCGGGCACGCCACUGAUACUGCGCUUCAACACUCAGAAAAAGCGGAGCGCAAAAGAUAAGCUGAAGCGAAAGGCGGAGAAAGGGAAAUCCCCCACCAAGAAAACCUUGAAGGCCGAUGAUAAUGAGAAGUCUAAGGCGGAAAAAGGGGAAUCCCCCAAAAUUAAGAAACCUGAAAAAAGCAUUCAACAGAAACCGAAAGAAAAUCUGAAGAGGAAGACACCCAAGGAAAAAACCACUAAUAUUAAGACACCUAAAAAGUUAAAGAAACUGAGCGCAGAGUAGAAAGUAGUUAAUGUUUCCUAAUUUAAAUAAAAUUAAACAUGUUCGAUUGUAUAACCAAACAUAAGCGAGUUUUAAUCA